UGGAGGUUGCAUGGGAGUCUUGCAUUGAUCCAUUGAUUGCACAUGGUCUCUUGCCUGACCUCCUUGCUCCCAGGGAAGCUGUCUCCAUGGCUACUGGCCCUGCUCCCCCAGUGGCAGACUGUAAAUUCCUGCAGGCAGAGCAGAGCCUGGGGAUGAGGGGGUGUGUGUGUGUGUGUGGAAUCAAAGAAGGAGUAGCCAAAGCCAAAUAGAAAGAAAGGAAGAAAGGGCGUUGCUUGGAUGGAUCUCUCCUUUCCACUCCCCUUUCUCAGGUCCCCAGCUCUAGACCAAGGCUCCUUGUUUCCCCCUUUCAUUGCUGCUGCUGCUGCUCCCUUGCAAAACUGGAAUUGGCUGGGAUGAUUUAAAAAAAAAAAAAAAAAAACCAGAGGCAGCAGCCGGGAGAGCGAUCAAGUCCACUUUCUUCAAACUGCCCUGGGUCUCCUUCUCUCACUCGCUUCUCUUUAGAAUCAAGAGCCUCAAGCUGAACCCAGAGUAGCGUUUCCCAUCAUUUCAGUGCUUUUCCCUCCCCCAGUCUCUCACACAGCCAGAAGAGAGCUCCUUAAACUCUCCCCCCCCCACCACCUUUUUUUUGUUUCUUUCUUGCAUGUUUAGGCCGUUGUUGAAAAGCAUCAGAAAAUUCCCCCCACCAUCCAUCCCCUAUCUUCCUCACACACACUGCAAUGGGGGCUUUGCAGAUUGCUGAAUUUUGCAUUCUCUUCUUUCUCCUCCACUCUGGAAACACGCUGGCAAAUAAAGCCAGUCAAGAUGUCGACGAAUGCGUUGAGGGGACCGACAACUGCCACAUUGACGCCCUCUGCCAGAACACCCCCAAAUCCUACAAGUGCAUCUGCAAGUCCGGAUACUCCGGAGACGGGAAACAUUGCAAAGACGUCGAUGAGUGCGAGCGGGACGAUAACGCUGGCUGCGUCCACGACUGUGUCAACAUCCCGGGGAAUUACCGCUGCACCUGCUAUGACGGCUUCCGCCUGGCGCACGACGGCCACAACUGCCUGGAUCUGGAUGAGUGCUCGGAGGGGAACGGCGGCUGCCAGCAGACCUGCGUCAACAUGAUGGGGAGCUAUGAAUGCCACUGCCGGGACGGCUUCUUCCUAAGUGACAACCAGCACACCUGUAUCCAGCGCCCGGAAGAAGGAAUGAACUGCAUGAACAAGAACCACGGCUGCGCCCACAUCUGCCGGGAGACCCCCAAGGGGGGCAUCGCCUGCGAGUGCCGGCCGGGCUUCGAGCUCACCAAGAACCAGCGGGACUGCAAACUGACCUGUAACUAUGGAAACGGAGGAUGCCAACACACGUGUGACGAUACAGACCAAGGGCCCAAGUGUGGCUGCCAUGUGAAGUUUGUGCUGCACGCUGAUGGGAAAACGUGCAUAGGGGAGAGGCACCUCCAGCAACACGUUACCCCCCAGACGUUUUCUAAUGAGACCUGCGCUGUGAACAACGGGGGCUGUGACAGCAAGUGCCAUGACGCAGCCACGGGUGUGCACUGCAGCUGCCCAAUGGGCUUCAUGCUGCAGCCAGACAGGAAAACUUGCAAAGAUAUCGACGAGUGCCGGCUGAACAAUGGCGGCUGCGACCACAUCUGCAGGAACACGGUGGGCAGCUUCGAGUGCAGCUGUAAGAAAGGCUACAAGCUGCUGAUAAACGAAAGGACCUGCCAAGAUAUUGACGAAUGCUCCUUCGACAGGACCUGUGACCACGUCUGCAUCAACACCCCGGGGAGCUUCCAUUGCCUGUGUCACAAGGGCUACACGCUGUACGGGCUCACCCACUGUGGAGACAUCGAUGAAUGCAGCAUCAACCGAGGAGGCUGCAAAUUCGGCUGCGUAAACGCCCCUGGCAGCUACGAGUGUACCUGCCCGGCCGGCUGCAAACUGCACUGGAACAAAAAGGACUGCAUAGAGCUGGUGAAAUGCCUGACGGGCCCCAUCUCUCACCGGGCCAUGCUCACCUGCAACAAGAACGGCAAGAAGGACAGCUGCUCCCUCACCUGCACCUCCAAGGCCCGCUUCCUGCCAGAGUCCGACAGCAGCUACACAGUGAGCUGCGGGACGCCCAUCCUGCGCCAGGGGGCCCAGCAGAGGCCUGGCAACAGCAGCCAUCACUGCAUUGAGACUGCCGCUGCUCCAAUCAAACAAAAGGCUUCCUUCAAGAUCAAGGACGCCAAGUGCCACCUGCACCCGCGCGUGAAGGGGAAGCAGGAUGAGUCGGGGAAGCAUGGGGCCCCAGGCGGGGCGGCCCCCUGCUCGGAUUGCCAGGUGACCUUCGUGAACCUCAAGUGCGACUCAUCAAAGAAGGGCAAAGGCCGCCGGGCCCGCAACUCCCCCAACAAGGAGGUGACGCGCAUCACCCUGGAGUUUGAGGCAGAAAUCAAACCGGAAGAGGUCACAGCCAGCUGCAAUAUUAACUGCCUGCGGCAGAGGGUGGAGAAGAAGCUGAAGUCUGCAAUCAAGGCCCUGAAGAAGUCCAUAAACCAGGAGCGAUUCCUGAUCCGCUUCGCGGGCAUGGAUUACGAGGUGGCGCGGAAGCUGAGCAUGUCCCCGGAGAGUCAGGAGAGCUGCGGGCCAGGGCAGCAAAGGCUAGGAUCCAAGUGUGUUAGCUGCCUGCAGGGAACGUAUUACCACGGUCAGCUGGAGCAGUGUGUCCCUUGCCCCCCAGGGACGUACCAGGAGAAAGAAGGCCAGCUCUCCUGUGACCUGUGCCCUGGAAGCGAUGCGUAUGGCCCUGCUGGAGCAACAAACAUAACCACCUGUGCAGGUCAGUGUCCCCCCGGCCAUCACUCAGUGGAUGGCUUCAUACCCUGCCAGCCGUGUCCCCGGGGCGCCUACCAGCCCGAAGCUGGGCGAGCUCUGUGCUUCCCUUGCGGUGGGGGGCUGACCACCAAACACGAGGGAGCCUUCUCCUUCCAGGACUGCGAUACCAAAGUUCAGUGCUCCCCGGGUCAUUACUACAAUACCAGCGUCCACCGCUGCAUCCGCUGUGCCGUGGGCACCUACCAGCCAGACUUCCGCCAGAAUUACUGCAUCACCUGCCCCGGCAACACCACCACGGACUUCGACGGCUCUACGUCCGUGUCCCAGUGUAAAAACCGCCAGUGCGGAGGGGAGCUGGGCGAGUACACUGGCUACAUCGAGUCUCCCAACUACCCUGGGAACUACCCCGCCAACAUUGAGUGCACCUGGAACAUCAACCCCCCCCCAAAGCGCAAGAUCCUCAUCGUAGUCCCGGAGAUCUUCCUGCCGUCCGAGGACGAGUGCGGGGACGUCUUGGUCAUGCGGAAAAACUCCUCCCCCUCCUCCAUCACGACCUAUGAGACAUGCCAGACGUACGAGAGGCCCAUAGCCUUCACCGCCAGGUCCCGCAAGCUAUGGAUCAACUUCAAAACCAGCGAGGCCAACGGCGCCAGGGGCUUCCAGAUCCCCUACGUCACCUACGACGAGGAUUACGAACAGCUGGUGGAGGAUAUUGUCCGGGAUGGCAGGCUGUACGCCUCCGAAAACCAUCAGGAAAUAUUAAAGGACAAGAAGCUGAUGAAGGCUUUCUUCGACGUGCUGGCUCAUCCACAGAACUACUUCAAGUACACGGAGAAACACAAGGAGAUGUUACCGCGCUCUUUCAUCAAACUCCUCCGCUCCAAAGUCUCCAGCUUCCUCAGGCCUUACAAAUAGCCCCCAGGCAUUUCCACCUGCCUCAUGGGCCACCCUGCAGCCAAGGAAACUUUCUUUUGCUCUUAUUUGAUGGUUUUUGGGGUUUUUUUUUCUCAACAGCUUUUUAAACAAACAGAAUCCCCGUCUCUCACUAUGCAGACGACUCUAAACAAUUUCUCCUUGGCUUUCUUCAAACUCAUCUCAGCGCUGACUUUGUCUCCAGCAGGGGCGGUCUGUAAUCUCAAGGCAUCCCAUGCUCUGUUCUUUUCCUACGGAGUGUGCAGCCCAUAACAAUUACCAGUCCCGGAGGGUGAUGCUCCGUCUUAGCCCAAGUGGCCUCUACACGCAGAGGCAGCUGCGACCUGCUCUGUUUUAUGUAACUUAAGUGUAGUCACUCUGGUUGCCUUUGUGGCCCUUGAUUACUACACAUCUGCGUCCAAAUCUGUCUCCGUUCCUAGGCACCAUAAACACACCUACAGUCGCCUGCACUCCUGGGAUAUAGUUUGGUAUUUUUGUUCCUGCCGUGGGCCUUUCUCCAGCUGCCAAAGCAAAGGAAAGCUGCUGCAGCCAGAACAGGUUGUUUCUCAAAGAACUGAGCGCAGAGGAAGCCCUGAAUGUGGAAGGUAAUGCCUUAUUAUUUAUCGCAGUGUUGUGGUUUAAAAAUAUAUAUAUAUCAACACAGCUUUGCAGGGGGGAUCGGGAAAAAAAUAUACUUUUUUUUUUUUAAAAAAAAAGAAUACUU